UUUAUAAUUCUUUAUCAUGAUUGGUUAAUUGAGUAUUCUUUUUUCGGGGUAGACUUUUGAAACGUAGCUCAUCAGAUGUUUCGGGUUAUUCUCCGUUCAACUGUAUUUACUGUGAGUCGACAAAUUUGUGAGCAGCGAGAAGAUAUUGAAGAUUGCAAUAAGUGUGAUAGAGGAAGAAUUAUACUACACAAUGUCACAGGACAGAUCUUUGGAGCGGCCAAAACGCAACAUCAAGAAGCCUGACCGAUUUCUAACAACCUCCUCAUCGGAUGAUGGCCCCCGCAGAAUACCACCGCAGAAGAAGAGCAGCGUAGUAUCUGCUACUGCACUUUCUCACAUGGUCAACGAAGACAUUGAUGACAUUCGAAGAACCCUGGAAGAGGACAAGGAUGAGACUUCAUUAUUUAAUAUUGACACACAUACACCUACACAGUCAUACACAAACAUCAAGAUACAUACAAAUCACCCAUCACUUUUACAUUAUGCUCCACGUACACAAACACAUAUUUCGAACAUCCCAAAUUUACAGACGUACAUUAACACACAGCCAACACCCACUCCAGCACCUUUUACCCAACAACCGACACAAGCACAAAAUUUGUCGUUCAGUGCUGAGGGUGGUAGAGUAUUUUAUACUAAUAGCACUUUGUCUCAGUUGCAGGUUCCAGGAGCAUUGAUUCUACAGGAGGACCAAGGCUACCAACGUGGGCUAUAUGUAGGACAAGGCGAUGCACCUUUCCGUCCGAGGGAUAUGCAGUAUGAGAACACAGAUCAAAGGAGAAUGGAGGAAUACUUGCAUAGAGUGAGAGCAGCAGUUAUACCGAAUGGAGGAACACUUUCAUAGACUGGAGAUUGACAUAAGAAAAAGAGGAGAACAAGCGCAGACUAUGGAGGCUGAAAUGAAGAAAAUGACUGAAUUAAUGCAGAAAAUAUUGAAGUGCGUGCAGGAUCGACAAACUGGACCUCACAAGCCAGAUAUAUUACCAGUAACAAACUUCGAAC